CUGUGUAUUUACGGUUACACCAGGUUAUAUACAUCCACCCAUAUCGACAAUCAGUUGAUCAGUCGCAGAAGGGAGAAAAGUCCAGAGAAAAUAAUCGCAAACCUCGAGUCCGAGCUCCUGUCAUGUCAUCUCCCGCAUAAAUUGAGAGAGGAGGUAACCCAAUAAGGCGACCUACAUCUGCACCAAGAUGUAUCACUAGACGAGAAGAUGACCUUCGAUCGACGACAGCUUCGCUGAAAAAGAAUUUCGAUUAUCGUGUCAUAUCAGGCGAGACACUGUAUGACAUGAACGUCGAGGAGAAAAGACUCGCGACCUCGGAAUGGCCAUCCAACGCGGCGAUCGGCGCGUCCUGCCUCGCGAAGGCGGGUUUUUACUAUACCGGACAUUUCUUGGAGGUGCAGUGCUUUCUGUGCGGGACGAGGAUAUCGGACUGGAGCUACGGCGACCAGGCGAUGGCGCGUCAUCGCCGAAAAGCGCCCACCUCCUUCGUCCUCGACUCAGCUAGGACCUGCAACGUCCCCUUGAUUCCGAUGAUAGCUAGCGCGAUGACAGCUGGUCCGAUGACAGCUGGCCCGAUGACGUCACCGUCGUCAUCAUCAUCGUCCUCCUCCUCCCAACGAUCCGAGAGCGUCGAGAGCCCGCAGGACUCUCGUGCUGCGUCGAGGUCCUCCUCGGAUCCUUCCAAGUACCAGACUGUCUCGCAGAGGCUGCAGACGUUUGAUAGCUGGCCGCUUACUUCCAGCAUUCGGCCAGAACAGCUGGCUUCUGCAGGAUUCUAUUAUCUUCAGUAUGAAGAUAUGGUGGAAUGCGCAUUUUGCAAAGGUGUUAUAAUGAAUUGGAAAGCUGGAGACAAUCCAGAGCAUGCCCAUAAAUUAAAUUUUCCAAAUUGUGAUUUCUAUAUGAGAGAAACAGAAGAUGAUACAUUUGGAUUAGUCAAACUCUUGCCUGGUACUAGCACAGAUUUAACAGAAUUGGGAGUACAAGUGCAUACAGUAUCUAAAUCACAAUAUACAACAUUUGAAAGAUUGCAAACCUUUCGAAACUGGCCGAAAAAUCUCAAGCAAACUCCAGAAAUGUUAGCUGCUGCUGGAUUCUAUUAUCAAGGAUUUGACGACCAAGUCAGAUGUUUUCAUUGCGAUGGAGGAUUACAUGGUUGGCAGCCAACAGAUGAUGUCUGGAUUGAGCAUGCAUUCUGGUUUUCAAGUUGCGGCUUUGUAAUCCUUAUGCGUGGUCAAAAAUUCAUCAAACAAAGCAUAAAUAUAAGAGGAUCUUUAAAUCUUUCGAUUUUUGAUGUACCAGAGGAGAACAAUGCUACAGAAAAUUCGGUUGCAUCUCUUCCCGCAAUACAAUGUAGCGAAGCAAUAAUAAUAGAGACGGAUGCAGAGUCUACGAGUGACAUUACAGAAACUCCAGUCACUUCCAGUCCUUCAGUUUUACAACCUGGCAAGCCAAUAUCAGACACAGCAACACCUAUGACAGGUGUUACAGACACUACAGUUACUUCCAGUCCGACAAUUUUACAAUCUAACAAACCGAUAACAGAUGUAACAGUUAAGAUGCUACUAGAUACCCCUCCAGCUAAGGCUGCUCUUGAAAUUGGAUUACAUGUGGACAGAGUAACGAGAGCUCUGAAGAGAAGAAUGGAAGAGGUUGGCGAACCCUAUGUAAAUGCUACACAUCUCAUAGAAGCUGUUCUGCAUGAUCAACUCAUGGAAGAGCCUACUAGACUCGAUAAUAUUCCUACUUCAUCUUCGGAAUUGAAGACUUUAUUAAAUCAAAUUAUGCAAUCUGAUGACUCUACAAGUAAGGAAACUACGCAAGAAUCUGAUGCAAGUAAAAGUAAAUAUGAUAAGAAGGAAGUGGAGACUGAAUCAGAUGAUAUUAUGUUUUUGCAAGAGGAGAAUAGAAAAUUAAAGGAGGCUCGUUUAUGCAAGAUCUGUAUGGACAACGAAUUAGCUAUAGUGUUUUUACCUUGUGGCCAUUUAGCGACGUGCGACAACUGUAUACCGGCCUUAACGACAUGUCCAUUGUGCAGACUGAAGAUCCGUGCUUAUGUUCGUAUCUUCUUGUCUUAAUUGGCAAAUGUAAAAUAGACGUUGAAAGAGUGUGACAAAUAUUUGACGAGAUUAGAAAAUCGAUGUUCCUAUAUUUAUUGGUCAUAUGACGCUGCAUUUUACAUAAAAUAUAUAUUGUUAUGUAUAUAUUUUGCAAAUAUCUCUCUAUCGAUUUUAUUUUUUGAAAGUAUGUACAAAUAGAAGAUGAAGAAAUAUGUACAAAUAUUUAUUUAUACAUAUAUUUUAUUAUUAUAAAGCAGCGAAUAAAAAAAUGUAAUAUUGAAUGGAAACUUAAUUAGAUUACGACAAUAUUGUUUUA